UCGCCAUUUUAUUUCCGUGAAUUCUUUUUGUGGUUCGGUGUGAACGGGAGAUCGUGCGCGAUUAAAAUUAAAAUUUCAUCAUUUUUAACAAAGUUAAUUGAAACCCAGAGGGCUUAACCGCUACUUUAAAGUGAAAGCUUAACUUAUAAAUAGACACCACACAAAAACAGAUCACCAUGGUUGAUAAAAUUGAUAUGAGUUUGGACGAAAUUAUUAAAAGUCAAAAGCCAAAACCUAUUGUCGGACGUGGUCCUAGCAUAACUCGUCGUGGAGGUGGACGACCAAUUCGAGGCGGCGGUAAUGCUGAUGGACGUCGCCGACCCGCUGGUGGCGCUACAUUAAAAGGACGUAAUCGCGGCGGGGGAAUACAAAAGGCUAAAUUCGCAAGGGGCGAUGUAAACAGCGCAUGGAAACACGACAUGUACGACGGGCCAAAACGUGGUAUUUUAAAAGGAUCAUCUGAAGUAGCAAAGUUACUUGUCUCCAACUUGGAUUAUGGUGUAUCGGACUCGGAUAUUCAGGAGUUGUUUGCCGAAUUCGGGCCGCUGAAGAAGGCAGCCGUGCAUUAUGAUCGCUCUGGACGCUCAUUGGGUACUGCUGAUGUUGUUUUCGAACGUCGUUCAGAUGCACUAAAGGCUAUUAAACAAUACAAUGGCGUACCCCUAGAUGGCCGACCAAUGAAUAUUCAAUUAACCACAUCGGACGUUUCAGCUCUGACAAGAGUCGGUCGCAUUGGCGGAGGUGUUGGUGGUAGUCCAAUCAAACGCAGAACAGGUUCAGCCCCACCACCCAGACGUGGAGCAACUAGUGGAGUACGCCGUGGCCCACCUAAUCGUAGAGGGGCUGCCGGGCCCAAACGUGGUGGGCGUCCCAAACUACCAGAGAAAACGGCAGCUGAAUUGGAUGCCGAACUGGACGCUUAUGUUAAUGAUAUGAAAAUUUAGAAAUAGUCUUAAGAAAUUAUUAGCUAAGACACGACUUGAUAAAUAUAUUUGACAUUGACUUUAAAAUAUGUGAAAUAAAUGUUACUUGAGAGCAAGUAUGUAUAACAAAAAAUGAUCAUUAAAACGAAAGCCAAAAAGUACAAUAAUUUGAA